AUGGAUGAAUUAAAUGCCGCGGCAGAGCCAAAUCCACCAGAUAAUAAAUGCCUCUUAGCACAAAAUAGGGGAGAGAAUCUCUCUUUGGGCUCAAAGCCGAUUUUGAAGGGAAGUACUGAGGAAAUCGACGUCCUCUCUUUAAGUAUGAAUAAUGCCAGUAUCAUGUACAAACCGGACAAUAUGCUUUUGAAACAGCAUUCUCCAUCCACAAAUUUGAAAUUGAGAGAAAGAGAUGGUGAUACAGAAUCGGAAGGGGAAAUGGAGAAUCAUUUAAAGUCAGAAGAGGUCUUGCUGCUUCGAAAGCAGUGCUCAGCAAAAGAAAGAGAAGUAGCGCAACUUCGAGAAACGUUGCGACGACAGGAGUCCCGUUGUGCUGAGACAGAAGCGGAGAUAAUGCGAUUGAGAAGUGCUUUAAUUACUUCGGAAAGGGCGUGCAGCCGCCAAUCUGCCUUGCUCUCGCGUAGUCUGGUCGACAGAGAAGUGAUCGCCUCCGAGGCCAGAGCUUGUGAGCAGGAGCUUUCAGAGGUCGAGGACAAAAUCCACCAUCUUACUGCUGAGAUCCUUACUAGAGAGUCACGUAUUAUCCAACUCGAAGGAUGUGCUGUACCUUUAGACGAGAUGACAGGACGUCGAGAGGUGGAAGAAAAAAUUAGUCAAAUGACUUUGGCUUUUAAAGAGGCAUUACGUGAACACGAAGAGCAGCUACGGGCUCGAUUUUACACUGAGAAUAAGGAAGCUGCCACAGAAAAAAUAAAAUGCCUCCAGCAAGAAAUUGAAAGCUUGAAGGCCUCACAUGCUGAAGCAGUGGAUAUCAUUACCAAACGGGCGGAAGCAAAUGCACAGACAGACGCUCAUACCAUUCGCCAACUACAAGAUAAAAUAGCACAACUACAAUCUCAAUUGGAUUCGCAAAGACAAGAAAUGGAUGAUUUAGAGGUCCGUAAUAACCGUUUCAAAGCUGAAGUUGAUCAUCUUGAGCGCUUUGGGAAAUCAAUGCAAAUAAGGGUCGAGGAGGCCGAGGUCAAAGUUGUCCGAGAGCGAACAAAAGCGGAACAGUUGGAGGCGGAAUUAACUGUCUGUCGUAGUGCACUAGCCUCCUCUGAACGGAAUCUGCAUGAACUUGCCUUAGAUCAUGAAGUAGCUCGAGAGAGGAUUAAUGUUUCUGAUAGACGUUUUGAAGCAAUGCAUGCGCAGAUAGUAGAACUUAACGCUUCCCUCCAGGUUUCCACUCAACAAAGUGUCUUGCUAGAGGCCAAAGUAAAGGAAAGUGAACAACGAAACGACAUGCUAGAAAGAAGGCUUGAUCAAGCCGAGAAGAAAGCGAAGCAAGCGUGCGACUGGAAGGAGCACUUGGAGGAGGAAAAUGUUGCUUUGAAAACCACCAAUCAGCGGCUGACAUCCACAGUUAGCGAGAUGCAGUCUAGUUGUACCACUUUGCGGUGCGAACGAGAGAAUUCCAACCUUGAAAUUGUGGAGUUGAAGAAUUUACUAAACAACUUCGAGGUGGAGAGAGAAGCUAAUGAAGCCACGCUGAGUGAGAACCUCCGAAUUGUUGGGAUCGCCCUUCCCAUCUGUCCAGAGCUUUGCAAUGGUGAAAGUGGAGAGCCACUAGAUCAUCCGCUGUCAAAGUACACAAAAAGGCAUAGGGUACUAGAUGUUAGCCGGGCAGUAGCCCAGCUCACCGCCAGAAUUGUCGCCGCAGAGGCAGAAAACACCCAAUUGCGCGAGCAGAUAGCAACUCAGGAUGCACAUUUAGUGGAUCAACGCACCCAGGCUACUAUACUCAACGACAAUCUCCUCCAGCUGGAAACCCAUCUCCGCAGUGCCAGAGAGGAUAACAAACGCCUCAGUCUCCAGCACGUCUCGUUGAGGCGACAAUUAGAGAGCCAGAAGUGCUCCACGGCCAGAUGUCGUGAAGAAAAACGUUUACUCCAAGAGAAGCUUAUAAGAUGUAACCAAAUUUUCAGACAUGUGGCUGACCUUAACUCCUGUUCAAAUCCCGGCAAGCUUUAUAGUGAGAAGGAGGCAAACUUGCUCUCGAGACUGGCAAAUUUCUUCGAGAAGCCCAAGGGUGUAUCAAAAGUUCGGGAUGAUGAAAACGAUGUUAAACGGUGUCCCACAGAGACUACUGAGACGAGUCUCAUGUACCAGGGCACAAAAUUAUCGAAGGUGGCCACGGCAGUAAUAGAGGAAUGUGUGGGCAAAGAGGGUCGUAUCCAUGCUGACACGUUUCGCACUCAUCUGCGUGAGGCAUUUGACAUUCCACAGAUCAAGAUGGAUAUUCAUCGCCCAAGCCACAAAGUGGGUAGUUGUGGAGUAAAGGAGGAGACGAUCUCGGCAUCGCGACCAAAUGGUGAUGGUGGAGACAUAUGA